AUGCAAAAAGGACUUGAAAUGGCUGGUGUAAAUAUGCCAAUCUUUGGUAAUAUGAGCGUAGAUUUUGGGGUCCCGUCGCUUCCAGAACCAGAACAGACAUCUUCAGAUAAUGAUGCAAAUCAAAUAAUUCGGAAGCUUGAUGAAAAUACUCCCAUCAUCAUCGAUAUCCAAGCUCAAGCCAGAGGAGCCAUAGAAAGAAUGCGACUAGCAUCUAUCAUGGAACAGCUGUGGGAUUCAGAAGAAAGACUAGUUGAGCUCCAGGCCCUUAUUAGAGGUGAUUUCUCUCGUCAAAUUGCAAGAUACCGAGGAAGUAUGCGUAUUUUCGCAAUAAAUAUUCAGAGUAGAGCCCGCGGGCUGCUAAUUCGCUUUAGUCACGCAAACAAGAAAUCAGUUUGUAAAAGCAAUGAACUCUAUAUUAAGAAAAUCCAAAGUCUGAUCCGGGGAAAGAAUGUGAGGUUGAAAUUACAAUCGAAUUUUUCUAAUUUGAGGGAAAAUGUUCCGGGAAUAGAAAAGAUGCAAGCUAGAAUGAGAGGCUUCCUAACACGGCAGGCCAUGACUAUUCAGAAAGAAAAACUCUCAAAGAACUCCGAGGCAAUAAAAAAUCUGCAAUCGAAAAUCCGAGGCUUUAUGAUGCGCACUGCUAUCACUAUACAGAGAGAUCAAACUCACACACAUAUGUGCGUGAUCAGGAACUUUCAAUCGCUGGCAAGAGGCUUACUAAUUCGUAGAGCCCUUCUUGCUCAGAAAAAUGAAGUCCUGAUUUACUCCAAUAUGAUGAAAUAUUUGCAAGCUAAUGUAAGAGGCCAAUUGAAACGCAGGACUGUCUCUCUACAGGAGCACAAGCUUAUAUCUUAUACCGGUGUAUACAAAAAACUACAAUCAGAUAUCCGGAGCCUACUAAUCCGCAGAGCAGUCUUUGCACAGAAAAAUGAAAUCCUAAAACGCGAGCUUAUGUCUUAUACCGAUGUAUACAAAAACCUACAAUCAGAUAUCCGAGGCCUACUGAUUCGCAGGGCCAUAAGUGCCCGGAAAAAUGAAAUUUUAAAUUGUAUACAUUCGAUCAAAAAUUUGCAAUCAAAUCUUCGUGGCAUGCUAUGCCGUAGAGCUACUGUAGCACAGAAAGAUGAAGUUUUUCUAUGCUCAAGUGUGGUUAAGGAUAUACAAGCUGCCAUCCGAGGUAAUAUGUUAAGAACGUCUAUCGUGAGAGACCUUCAUGCUUUGAGUUUGAAUAACGCUUCGAUAAUCUCUAUACAAUCAAAUUCGCGAGCAAUUAUCCGAAGAAAAAAUCACUGCCUCCUAAAAACUACAUUGACGACAAAAUCACCAACAUUUAUUUCUUUUCAGUCUAUUCUAAGAGGGAACUGCCUCAGAAAUAAAUAUACAAGUUUAAUAGAUGAUUUGAAAAGACAUGAUUCUUCGAUUUUGUAUUUGCAAGCUAUCAUUAGAGCUAAACAAAUAAAUUCUUACGUACAGAGAAUGAGUAAUGCACUAUCUAGCGAAGAUUUAUCCAUAGUUUUUAUACAAACACGCAUCAGAGGUAUGCUGACCCGCCGUGGAGUUGGAAAUGAUCAUGAGGCCCUAUUUACAUCGACCAUUCAAGUUUCACAAUUUGAAGCCAUUGCCCGAGGUUAUCUUGGGCGCAAUUCUAUACGAGCAAGAUCAGAUCAAUUAAAUUUACAUUCUUCAAUGCUGGCUGAGCUCCAAGCUCAAAUUAGAGCGAUUCUUUCUCGGGAUAUUAUUUCAGCAAUUAUCACAGAUCUCGAUUUUGAAUCGGAUUCGAUUAUAUCAUUACAAGCAGCAGCUAGGGCUUUUCUGAUUCGUUCCAAGUUCAACGAAAAAAUGCGGUUUUUUAAAGAGAACAUGGAGAAAGUUGUGAAGAUUCAGAGUUUUGUGCGAGGUCGAAUCCAAGGAGAGGCCUAUAAAAGUUUGACAACAGGGAAAAAUCCACCUGUCAACACCGUAAAAAAUUUUGUCCAUCUUCUAAAUGACAGCGACUUUGACUUUAAUGAGGAAGUAGAAUUCGAAUGUUUACGAAAAACUGUGGUUCAACAGGUACGCCAAAAUGAAAUGGCAGAACAGUACAUAGAUCAGCUCGAUAUAAAAAUUGCUCUGCUAGUCAAGAAUAAAAUAACUUUGGACGAGGUUGUCAAACACCAAAAAAACUUUGGAGGCCACCCAGGUAACCUCCUUGUUAAUACCGCAUUAAAUUCAGGUAAUCAAUUCGAUCUAAAGGCCUUAAAUAAGAACUCCCGUAAGAAGCUAGAGAGUUACCAGCAAUUAUUUUUUACCCUUCAAACGCAGCCCCGAUACUUAGCAAAGAUUUUCAAACGGAUCCGUGAACAAGGAACCGCCGAAAAAGACUGUAAACGAAUUGAAACAAUGAUUAUGGCUUUGUUUGGGUAUGCACAAAAGCGUCGGGAAGAGUACUAUUUACUGAAGCUUAUAAGUCGCUCAGCAAAAGAAGAAAUCAGUAGUACAACUUCCAUUCAGGAAUACCUCCGAGGUGGUCACUUUUGGAAUAGGAUAGUAAGAAAUUAUACUAGAUCACCGAGAGAUAGAAAGUUUCUGCGUGAGUUACUUGGCCCUAUGAUACAAGGAAGUAUAUUAGGGAACCCAGAAUUGGAUCUCGAAAGUGAUCCAAUGCAAAUCUAUAGAUCUGCUGUCAAUAAUGAAGAACUUCGGACUGGAAAAUCAAGUCAUAGAUCCCUCAGUAUUCGUAGGGAAGAAGCUAUAAAAGAUAACGAGACAAGGGAGAUGUUUAUUAAUCAUCUCCAGGACCUUCGUGGAAUAGUCGACGAGUUUAUAUUUGCUUUGGAGACUUUCGUCCACAAAAUGCCAUAUGGAAUCAAAUUUAUUUGCAAACAACUCUUUGAAGCUCUUUGUGAACAUCUAUCUCUUGAACCCAAAAGUAUUCUCCUACAAGUCGUGGGAAGCUGGCUAUGGAAGAUAUAUCUUCAACCCGCUCUGAUAGCUCCAGAAACUAUGGGGGUUAUUGACAAGCAUUUGACGCCGUUACAAAAGCAUAAUCUGAAAGAAGUCGCCAAAGUUCUUGGCCAGAUUACCUCCGGGAAGUUAUUUGGCGGGGACAACAUAUAUCUCCAACCGCUGAACGCAUAUAUUGAGAAUGCAAUCAAAAGAACAUCUCUCAUUUUUGCUGAUAUUAUGUUGGUGCCAGAUGCUGAGGGCACAUUUCACAUUGAUGAGUUUAACGAUCUCUACGCCAAGGUAAAACCGACUUUGUAUAUCAAAAUGGCAGACAUUUUCGCAAUCCAUCAGCUUAUCGCAGCACAUCUUCCAGAAAUUUGUCCCAGUCGGGACGAUGUUCUUCGAGACAUGCUGCAAGAGCUAGGAAGUGCUAAGAGCAACGAAACUGAAAUGCUGGGAGUAACCUCAACUGAAAUUCAAAUGACCCUAAGUCCCAAGCUUCAUGAUUUGGAAGAUCCAGAGGCUGAGGUUAAGGCACUUUUCAUGGAGACCAAGCGUUGCAUUUUGUAUAUCAUCCGUGUCCAAACCGGCUCUAAUCUUAUGGAUAUCCUUGUACGUCCGAUCACACCAGAGGACGAUAGAAAGUGGCAUACAAUCAUCAAUGAAGAGUUCUCAGCGCACAGCAGAACUCGAGGGGCGUACUCGGAUGCCAAUACAUUGGUGGACGUGAAGUCAAUGUCUUACAAGGAUCUAAAGCGUACAGCACUUGAAAAUAUCAUGAGCCUCGAGCAACUUGGAAGAAUAUCAAGGAAAAAUUUUUAUCAGGAUAUUCUCAACGCUAUCGCCUUAGAUAUCCGCACCAAAAGUCGACGAAGGGUGAUGAGACAGCGUGAACUUGAGGGCGUGCGUCUCACUUUAACGAACCUGAAUGAGAAAGCAGAAUGGCUUGAUUCGCAAAGAAAGAGCUAUGAUAACUACAUUGAGCAAGCUAUGACAACUUUGCAGAAGAAAGGAAAAAAACGUUUUCUCAUGCCUUUUUCGAAACAAUACAACCAUGAGAAGGAGCUUGAACGAUCUGGGCGCAAGCCGAAGUUUGGAUCCUUCAAAUAUUCGGCCCGAACUCUCUACGAUAAAGGUGUUCUCGCCGCGUGGAAGUGCUAUGGAGAUCGCGAAUGGGAUAAGACCAAUCUCACGAUUUCUUGUGAUCAAGUAGGGAUUUUUGCUUUAGAAGGAAGCAAGGGCAGCAUUCAGAUCCCUGGCGCCAGCGCCUCUGUGUCAAUGGAUUCUCUCUUGGCCGCACAAUUUGCUAACCAUCAAUACAUGGAGCUCUUUGAGGGUAGCCUUCGCUUGAACGUCAAUCUCUUUCUCCAUUUGCUUUACAAAAAGUUUUAUCGGACUGACAGCUAA